AUGAGCACGGCGGCGACGAGCAGCAGCGCGAGCCUCACCACCUGCGUCACAGCGACCGAGUUCCUGACCGCGCCGGCACAUCUCACGCUGAAGCUGCGCACGGCGCGCCGCCGGAGGGUGAGGUUUGCGGAGGAUGUGGUGGAUAACGAGGCGCGCUUCAGGGCCGCGCGCGCGAUCGCGCCAUGCCGCGCGCGUAAUCGCCCAUUCCGCCCGCCCCUUCGGCAGGACCUCGGGCGGAAAAAGUCCAAGUGCUGCUGCCAGUACCACCGGCCAAAGGCGUUUGACGAGAGCUCGGAUGAGGAGGGCGACGCCGGCCCGUGCGAUCGACCCUGCUCGCCGGCGCAGGCCGAGCCAGAGGGCGGCGGGAGCGAUGGCUCUGGCUAA